AUGGAGUGGAUAUCAGGCUGUGCAUCGAUUAUCAUUCAGCUGAUGAACUACCCAAUGCCCUUGAUCAACGACUUAUUUGAAGAUCUGGAGUCGACACUUUGGUACUGUUCUUUGGAUAUGGCGAGUGAUCUUUGGGUGGUGAAAAUGACGGAUCGUGCUCGUUGGAUCUCCCCCAUUGGGGCUAUUUGA